CAGCGAGGUGUUCCGAAAAAUUUUCUUUUUCAAUCGAUAAGUGCAAAGAGUUUACGAUAGUAUAUUUGUGACGUAAGCCGGUCAGCAAAUUGUUAUUGUGAAGGACGUCACAGUGACGGUUAUAAUAUAGCAUUGUUUCUGGUCAUUAGUUAACAGAUUAAAUAUGCCAGUGUUCCCACAGUACCUCACUCCUAAACAGGAGGAAGAAUUGAGAAACAUUGCCAAUGCCAUAGUUGCUCCUGGCAAAGGAAUUCUUGCUGCUGAUGAAUCCACUGGUUCCAUUGGAAAGAGAUUUGCCCCAAUAAAUGUAGAAAACUCUGAGGAAAACAGGAGGCGCUACAGAGAGUUAUUGUUCACCACAGACAAGGCUAUAGCAGAAAACAUCAGUGGAGUCAUCAUGUUUCAUGAAACAUUUUAUCAAAAAACCAAGGAUGGUGUUCCAUUUACAAAAGUUCUACAAGACAAGGGUAUAAUUCCAGGAAUCAAGGUGGAUAAAGGUGUUGUCCCACUGGCUGGCACUGAAAAUGAGUGCACUACACAAGGUUUGGAUGGGUUGUCAGAAAGGUGUGCACAGUACAAAAAAGAUGGUGCCCAGUUUGCCAAAUGGCGAUGUGUGUUGAAAACCCAGCAAUACACACCGUCUUACCAGGCUAUGUUAGAGAAUGCCAAUGUUCUGGCCAGGUACGCCAGCAUUUGUCAACAGAAUGGUAUAGUACCGAUUGUAGAACCGGAAGUACUACCAGACGGUGAACAUGAUUUAGAAACAGCCCAGAAAGUCACAGAACAGGUUCUAGCAUUCACAUACAAAGCCCUGGCAGAUCACCAUGUCUAUUUAGAGGGAACUCUACUUAAGCCCAACAUGGUUACUGCUGGUAUGAGCUGUCCAAAGAAAUUCUCUAAGCAGGACAUUGCCAGAGCUACAAUCCUAGCCCUCAGUAGAACAGUCCCACCUGCUGUUCCAGGUGUGACAUUCCUUUCUGGAGGACAGUCUGAGGAGGAUGCUACUGAAAACCUUAACCUUAUAAAUGCCAUUCAAGGUCCCAAACCAUGGGCACUGACGUUCUCAUUUGGGCGUGCUCUGCAGGCUUCUGUCCUAAAAGUGUGGGCUGGCAAAGAAGAAAAUGUCGCAGCUGCUCAGGCAGAACUCAUGAAACGGGCUCAGGCUAAUGGUUUAGCUGCUAAAGGGAAAUUCGAGGGUGGAUUAGCCAGUGCUGCAGGAGGACAGUCCUUGUUUGUGGCACAGCAUGCUUACUAAGUUUUACCACAUUUCACAAAUCCACAUACAGUUGUGCUGCAGUUAAGGCGGAAAAGUUAGAUCUGAUACCAAUGUUUUUAUAUGUUGUGGAAAAGAGUUCCGUAGAAUUUUAUGUUUUGUUAAAGCAAUUUUUGCAAAUACUAUAUUUUUUUUUUCAACCACCUUCUUGUUGUUGAAGUAUUUAUUGGACUGCUUCAGUGUUAUGCUCAUGUUAACAUUCAUGGCAUUAUCAGAUUGAGUAUAACCAAAACCAUGGUGUAUUAUUUCAGGAUAUAGUCAUGUUUCAAAUAGUCAUAGUGAAUGCUUUCUUUCUAAUUUUUGAAUAGCUACCAAAAGUAAAAUAGUAUGAAUUGUUGUAACCUAUUUCAGUAAUUUCAUGUAAAUAGGAUAAAUAUAUACUCAUAUUUGCUGUUUAUAGUUAUUUGCAACAUUAAAUUGCAUUCUUUUAGGAAUGUUUAUUUUUAAUAUAUUUGCAUAAUACAAAAACAUUGAAGUUGA